UCUGUUGGCAGGAGUGACCAGAAUAAAAACAGGAACACCAGACAUAGGGGAGGGAAAAAAGCGAAGUGAUCCAUUGAACCGAAAGUCUUUGCCCUCUCUUAAUUACGUAGUGUCCCAUAUCUUUUCUCUUUUUUUCCCACUUUUUUUCUUUCUUAUUUUUUUUCUUUCUUCUGUACUUGAAGACCUCUGGUUAUUGGUAAUUAGCUUGAGGAGAAUAAAACCAGCCGAUCAGGAGAGGGGUGGUGCAUUGUGGAGCGAGAUGGCUAACAGAAAGGUUCUAUCACUCCUUCAUGGAUUCUUCUACCUAGCUCUGAUUCAGCCCUCACUUCAAGGAGGUGUGUACGUGCCGGCUGGUGCUGGAGUUGGACCAGGAGCAGGAGGUGCUGGACCAGGUGCUGGUUUCUACCCAGGAGCUGGUGGGAUACCCGCGGGAGCAGGCUACAAACCAGCUAAAACUGGGGCUGGAGGAUAUGGAGGACGGGGUGGUGUUGGUGCUGGAGGUCUGGUCCCUGGUGGCGGGGCUGGAGGCAUAGGAGCAGGAGGCCUUGGAGGAGGAGGAGCCGGUGGAAAAGGCCCCAAACCUGGUUAUGGAAACCUUGGUGCUGGUGGUGUCGGUGGCGGUGGUUUUGGUGGUGGAGGAUAUGGAGCUGGUCCUGGAGCAGGCAGUCUAGGAGCAGGAGCCCUUGGAGGAGGAUACGCUAAGCCUGGAGCUGGUUAUGGAGGAGGCUCGCCGUAUGGAGGAGGUGGUGCUGGGGGCUUCUUCCCUGGAGGUGGGCUGGGACAGAAGGCAGGACCCAAGCCAGGCUAUGGAGCUGGAGGUGGACUACAACCAGGCUAUGGUGCAGGAGGACUGCCCGGGGGUGGACUACAGCCAGGCUAUGGCGGUGGUGGAUUACAGCCAGGUCUAGGGGGACCUGGAGGCGCAGGAACAGGAGCUGCAGUGCCCGCAGGAGCACCUGUUAUUCCUCAGACUGGCCUACCUGGAGGUGGGCUUGGACCUGGCGCCAGAAAAGGAAAGGCUCCAAAAGGAGGAGUGCCAGGUGUGGGGGUUCCUGGACUUUACCAAGGUGGCCAGGUGCCAGGACAAGGGUUUGGUGGUCGUGGAGUGUUGCCCGGUGUGGCCACUGGGAACGGACUCAAUCCCAAAUCAUUGCCAGGUGGAGGACAGCAGGGACCAGGAGGCUCAGGUCGUGUUGGUUACGGAGGACCAAUGCAGCCAGGAGUAUUCCAUGGAUACCCACUCAAAACACCCAAAACACAAGGUGGCUAUGGAGCGAAAGCUGGAGGAGCUGGAGGCAAACUUCCAUUUGGAUACGGGGGCUUUGGUGGUGGUGGUGGAGCAGGCCUUCCUGGGGGAAAAGGAGGUCCUGGAUCCAAGCCUGGAUAUCCCAUUGGAACUGGUGUGGGGACAGGAGGUCUUAACCCGGCCCAGGCUCAGGCUAAAGCUGCUAAAUAUGGUGCUGGUGCAGGUGCUGGUGCUGGUUUGGGUGGUGUGCCCGGUGCAGGUGGAGCCUACCCUGGAGCGGGAGGAGCUUACCCUGGAGCGGCAGGAGCUUACCCUGGAGGAUAUAAUCCUGCUGCAGCCAAAGCUGCUAAAUAUGGAGUCCCAGGAGGUGCAGGUGGCGUCCCAGGUCUUGGAUCAGUAGCAGGAGGAGCAGGAGGAGUACCUGGAGGGGUACCCGGAGGAGCUGGAGGAUAUAACCCUGCUGCGGCCAAAGCUGCUAAAUAUGGAGUUCCAGGAGGUGCAGGAGCAGGCCUAGGAGCUGGAGGACUUGGAGGAGUACCAGGAGGAGAAGGGGGUGUACCUGGGGCUGGAGGAUAUAAUCCCGCUGCGGCCAAAGCAGCUAAAUAUGGACUCCCAGGAGGAGGUGCAGGCAGGCUCCCAGGUGCUGGAUCAGGAGGAGCAGGAGGAGUACCAGGAGCUGGGGCUGGAGGAUAUAAUCCAGCUGCGGCCAAAGCCGCUAAAUAUGGAGUUCCAGGAAGAGCAGGGUUAGGAGGAACUGGAGGCUAUGGAGCGGGUGCCAGGCCUCCCUAUUACGGUGUUCCAGGGGGUGCUGGAUUUGGGGGAGCAGGGGCUUUUUCAGGGCCUGGAGGAUACAAUCCUGCCGCCGCUGCCAAAGCUGCUAAAUAUGUACCAGGAGGUGCAGGAGCAGGCCUAGGAGCUGGAGGACUUGGAGGAGGGGUACCAGGGGCUGGGGCUGGAGGAUACAAUCCUGCUGCCGCUGCCAAAGCUGCUAAAUAUGGGGUCCCAGGAGGUGCAGGGGCAGGCCUAGGAGCUGGCGGUCUUGGAGGAACAGGGGGGAUACCAGCAGGAGGAGCUGGGGCUGGAGGAUAUAAUCCAGCCGCUGCCAAAGCAGCUAAAUAUGGAGUCCCUGGAGGUGCAGGAGCAGGCCUAGGAGCUGGAGGAGCAGGAGGAGUACCAGGAGGAGGAGUAGCGGGUGUACCUGGGGCUGGAGGAUAUAAUCCCGCUGCAGCCAAAGCUGCUAAAUAUGGAGUUCCAGGAGGUCUAGGAACAGGCCUAGGAGCAGGAGGACUUGGAGGAGCAGGAGGAGUACCUGGAGGAGGAGCAGGGGGUGUACCUGGGGCUGGAGGAUAUAAUCCUGCUGCAGCCAAAGCAGCUAAAUAUGGUCAGGGGGCUGCUGGUGGGCCAGGGGGUGGAUAUGGUGGCGUGCCUGCUGGAGGAUAUCCCAGGCCUGGGGGCUAUGGGGGAUAUGGAGGGGCAGCAAGAGGGGCAGGAGGAUAUAAUCCUGCAGCGGCCAAAGCUGCUAAAUAUGGACCUGGAGGAGCAGGCCUAGGACCUGGAGGAGCAGGCCUAGGACCUGGAGGAGCAGGCCUGGGACCUGGAGGAGCAGGCCUAGGACCUGGAGGAGCAGGCCUAGGAGGAGCAGGCCUAGGAGGAGCAGGCGGAGUACCAGGGACUGGGGCUGGACCAGGAUAUGGAGGCUAUGGAGGAUAUGGAGGGGUACCAGCAGGAGGGGCUGCUGCUGCGGCCAAAGCUGCUAAAUAUGGAGUUCCAGGAGGAGCUGGCGUGGCGGGGAGAGCAGGAGGAGUGCCAGGGGGUGGAUAUGGAGGGGUACCUGGGGCUGGAUAUGGAGGAUAUAAUCCUGCUGCGGCCAAAGCUGCUAAAUAUGGAGUACCAGGAGGUGCAGGAGCAGGCCUAGGAGCUGGAGGACUUGGAGGAGCACUAGGAGUACCGGGGGCUGGAGGAUAUAACCCUGCUGCGGCCAAAGCGGCUAAAUAUGGAGUCCCCGGAGGCGCAGGAGCAGGCAUAGGAGCUGGAGGAGCAGGAGGAAUACCAGGAGGAGGAGGGGGUGUACCUGGGGCUGGAGGAUAUAAUCCCGCUGCAGCCAAAGCUGCUAAAUAUGGAGUCCCAGGAGGUGUAGGAACAGGCCUAGGAACAGGAGGACUUGGAGGAGCAGGAGGAGGACAGGGAGGAGUACCUGGAGGAGUAGGAGCUGGAGGAUAUGAUCCCGCGGCCAAAGCUGCUAAAUAUGGUAUGCCAAGUGGGGCGGGCAUCGGUGGUGAAGGUGUGCCAGCGCCUAUAGCGACUCCAAGACCAGGUGUGGGAGUGGGUGGUGGUGUUGGAGGAACUGAGGGCAUUGACGUACCAGUGGGCACAGGGAUACCUAUCGCAGGCAAACCAGCAGAGGAUCCAUCUCUAGAACCCGGUGGAACUCCCAUCCCAGAUCGCACACCUAUUGGCACACAGGCCACAGAGGCCCCAGAGCCAGAGCCCAGUGCCACAGGAGUAACUGGAGUUGGGGCUGGUGUGCUUCAACCUAGUGUUGGUACAGGCCCAGCUCAGCCUGGUGUGGGUGUCGUAGCAGGUGGCAAAGCUCCUAAACCACCUGGUGCAGGGGGAUACCCGUAUGGUGGUUAUGGACAGGCAGAACAACUCCGGUAUGGUCAAGGGUAUAGACAGGGUGCAGGUGCUGGUGGAUAUCCCUAUGGAGGAGGCUAUGGAAGUCCAUACGGAGCAGGAGCUGGACAACUUCCUGGAGCCAAGCCCCUGAAACCUCCAGUUGUGGGAGGAGCAGGCGGUGUGGCUGGAGGAGCAGGUAUUCCUCUUACUGGAGCCGGUGGUGGUGCAGGGGGAUACCCGUAUGGUUAUGGUCAAGGUGGUUAUGGACAGGGACAGGGUGCGAGGUAUCCCUCUGGUGUUGGUCUGGGAGCAGGGGCAGGAGCAGGGCAAAAAGCACCCAAACCCCCAGGUUAUGGUAACCUGGGUGCUGGUGGUGUUGGUUAUAAUCCAGGUGCUGGUGCGGUCCCAGGUUACGGAGGUGGCUACCCACAACAACAGGGCUACCCACAGCAAGGUGGAGGCUACCCUCAGCAAGCCUACCCAGGAGGUGGACUAAAGCCGAAUUGUCAUCAGACAGGAGCAUAUGGAGCAGGCCAGACGGCACCACUGACUCCUCAACAAGCCAAAGCAGCCAAGUAUAGCCCACUCCAGGGCUUCCUUGGUGGAGCAGGGGGAGGAGGCUACAGACCAGGAGGAGUUGCUGCUGGAUGCCAAAGCAAAUACUGUGGAAGGCGGAAGUAGAGGAUGUUCUUGAGAAGAAGUUGAACCUCAAUAAACAAUGGUGCUACUGCAUGAUCUAGAAUGUACAUUUUAUAUGCACAAAAUCCCCCAUUACAGUAUGUAAAGAUAUGUUGUACUUUAUUUGACUCAAGAUAUUUUUUAUACAAACCCACCGACCCAGACUUUUGCACACAUUUGAUGUGACUUAGUGUUUUUGAUUGUGCCUUUAUCAUUGGUCAUGUUGGUCAUGGUGUUCAUCAGCUCUUACUGACAUGCCUGCGAUGCUCACCUUUUAGUAGUUACCAAGUGUUUGUGUGUGCAUGCAUGUGUGUGGGCGUGCUUGCGUGGAUGUGUGCCUAUGUGGCUGUGUAUCUCUCUAUGUGCUUGUGAGCUUGCACGUGUUGCUAUAGAUGUUUGGGUAGAUAGGAGAAUGUGAAAGAUUCUCCAACUAUAGCCAUUAAGCAGGCUUUGAAUGCAGAGAAGUGCUCCAUGUCAAAACCAGCACCAGUCCUGUAACUGUACAUCCCUCUCCAUGUGCUUAGUUUCUGUGCGUACCAAAGUUGGAGAUCUUUACAUACUGACACAUCAAACUAAGGGUUGAGCUUCAAGAGGUGUUGUUGGUAAAGUGCUGAUAAACUUUGGCCAUGUAUCUUCAGAACUGCCUCCUCUGACUUUCUAUCAUCUCUGCUGCUAUUUAUAGCCCUGGGUGAAAUAGCAGGGGCAUAGCGGGUGUGUGUGUGGGCACAGGUUUCACAGUCCAUCUGCCAUCAGUGACUUUGCCAAUAUUUGAAGUGCCAUGGUUUAAGUCGCCUUCUUACCUUGAUUUCCGCCAAACUUGUGAAGUAUGAAGAGCAGGUGUUGCUCCGAAUGUGGUAAAGCUGAUGACAAUCAAUCCAAAGGUGUUCAAAAGAUUUGUAGGUGAUAUCUUUAGUGAAAUUCAUAUACUAUAUUGUUUUAGUUUUGUACCCAAGUCCUUUGAAACACAGUAUUUUGUUUUUUAAAUGAUUUGUAUGUUUUUAGUUUUUAGCAAAGCAGGUUUCACAAAAAUGUAAAAGUAAAACUGAAAUCCUUCCGAUACUGCUCUGGCAUGUAUUGUACAUUACGUAUGUUUGAAUUGAACAUUUUGUUUUAUUAAUUAUAUAAAAAAUAAUGUUUCUGGUGUCCAAGAUUAAGUGCCUAGAAUGUUAUGCAUAUCUGUAAUCAUUCUAGUUUCACCUGCAGUUAUAGUUUCAUUUAUGCAAAUUGUCUCUCAUUAUUCAAGUUUCAAAUGUUUCUGCUCAUGAAAGUAGGCUAUCACCAUGUUUGUUUAAUCUAGAAUAAGGCAAAAAAAAAAACAGUAAUGUUUGUAAAAAUAUAUGUAUUUGUGUAAUGCAUUUAUUCACUGUUGAGAAUUGUUAUACUGUAUACAUAAGGGCUUUUUUAAUGUGUGUCUGUGUGUAGGCUAUAGCCCCUAGUCUGUGUAAAUGGUGAGAGUGAGCUCCCAUUUCACUCUUUACUUGAGUUAGUUACUGUUGAAUAAGACUCAAUAGACAUUACUGACCAAAGAUUGAUUCACUCUGUUACAAAGUUACCCUACGAUGUCUCUUUAUGGAUUGUGUGUACUGUAUGUUGUAGUAAUAGCCCUAGGUUAUCAUGACUCUCACUCGCUUCAGUUCUUGUAGCCUCCUCGGUGGUGCUUUUUCUGAACUGUGUGAGCCGCUCUGAUCCGGGGACCACCGCCCCGUGUCUUCCGUGUGGUGGGAUAGUAUUCAUCUUUUUUUAAACGGAAGAAAGGAGGAAUGAUGGGUUUUGCACUUUUUAAUUUUCAUGACGCACAUGUGACUUGUUCCCGGUUAUCCCUGCAUUUUUAUUUGCUUAAAUAAAAUAACGAAAUAAAAUUGUUUAAUGAAUAUA